AAGAUGUUCAAGUCAUUCGCCUUUGCUGCUCUCUUCGCUGCAACUGCCUCCGCUGCUUCCCUGCCGGACGGCACGUGGCCCUCCAGCAAGGGCCUCGUGCAGUUCUCGGAGGUGCGCACCAUCAAGGCGGGUGAGGUGUUCGACGGCAAGAUGCAGACGUUCGAGCGCUCCAACGUCAAGUGCGACGGCCAGACCGAGAGCAGCUGGAGGACGGGCGUCUUCUUCGUGGAGGCCGGCGGCCACCUCAAGAACGUCAUCAUCGGCAAGAACCAAAUGGAGGGCGUCCACUGCGACCAGCAAGACUGCAUCAUCGAGAACGUGUGGUGGGACGACGUGUGCGAGGAUGCGCUCAGCGUCAAGGGCGGCUCGGCCUCGAGCGUGACGAAGGUCAUCGGUGGUGGCGCUCGGUACGCCGACGACAAGGUCAUCCAGCAAAACGGCCUGGGCAAGGUCAUCAUCGACGGCUUCUACGGCGAGGACGUCAGCAAGCUCUACCGUUCAUGCGGCACUUGCGGCCCCAAGGCGCGCGAGGUGUCCGUGUCCAACACGUACGUCGUGAACCCGGGCAACUCGGUCGUGACGGUCAACAAGAACUGGGGCGACAAGGCCACGCUCAGCAACGUCUGGGUCAAGUCGAGCAAGGCCACUGUCAAGGUGUGCCAGUGGUCGCAGGGCAACGCCAAGGGCGAGCCUAGCAUCCUCGGCCACGGUCCUUCCGGCACGCUGUGCCAGUACUCGACCAGCGACGUCCACAUCAAC